UACCUGUGUAAAAGACUUGGACUUGGGGGGUGAAGGAAGUGACGUUGUGACCAGGAAACAACACAACUCUUCGAGUUCAGAAAGUGUUGUUAGCAAACUAGCAAAUUCAUCCCAAAAAACUAUCAUACACAAGAACAAGAUCCAGAGAGAAUGGCUGCAGACUGGUUAGGCAGUCUGGUGUCAAUAAACUGUGGACCAACCCUGGGCAUGUACCAGGGAGAAGUGUCAUCUGUGGACCAGACUAGUCAGACCAUCUCUCUCAGACAACCUUACCACAAUGGGGUCAGGUGCCCUGUCCCUGAGGUCACCUUCAGUGCUAUGGACAUCAAAGAGCUCAAGUUCCUGGAUAUCCAAACUCAAAGUGGUGGCAGCAGAGCCAGUGCUGGACAGGGUGUCUUGUCUGAUCCAGGCGUCAUAUCUUCAGGGCAGAGUGGUCAGAAUAGCAGAGGUGGUUACCCUGCCAACAACACCCAUUCCACCACCGCUCCUAUUACCAUUUUACGCAAAGGUCCUCCAGCAUCAUCUAGUAACCGAGCGCCAAACCAGGCCACGCCGAAGAAGAACGGAGUGAAGAACGGAGUAGUAGGAGGAGGGGGGCAGAUGAGGAUCAGGGACGACGAGUGUUUUGGUGCUGAGGUGGACGAGGGUCUGGACACAGACUUUGACUUUGAGGGGAACCUGGCACUGUUCGACAAGGCAGCCGUGUUCUCGCAGAUUGACGACACAGAUUGCAAUGGGGCACGUUCCCGUGGAACGCACGGUGGCGAACGCGGUACACCCACACGUUACCGUCACGACGAGAACAUCCUGGAGGUCAAACCAGUCGUCUACCGGCAGAUCACGGUCCCACAACACGGGGGCAAGGAGUACUGCACUGACUCGGGCCUGGUUGUCCCCAGUGUGUCCUACGAGCUUCACAAGUGUCUUCUGGCUGCAGCGGAGCGGCAUGGCCUGUCUCUGGAGCGGAGGCUGGAGAUGACUGGUGUGUGUGCCAGCCAGAUGGCCCUCACUCUACUGGGUGGCCCCAACCGGCUGACCCCUAAGAAUAAUCACCAACGUCCCACGGUAGCCCUGCUGUGCGGCCCCCAUGUCCAGGGGGCCCAGGGCAUCAGCUGUGGACGGCACCUGGCCAACCACGAGGUGGAGGUCAUCCUCUUCCUCCCCAACUUGGUCAAGAUGCAGGAGUCCAUAACCAACGAGCUCGCCCUCUACAGCAAGACCAGCGGCAAGCAGGUGGCCAGCAUCAAAGACCUGCCGGUCAGCCCAGUGGACCUGGUCAUCAACUGUCUGGACUGCCAUGAGAACGGCUUCCUGAGGGACCAGGCCUGGUACCUGGCGGCUGCAGACUGGGCCAACCAGAACAGGGCUCCGGUGCUCAGCAUUGACCCUCCAGUGAGUGGCCAGAAGCAGGCCGUGGAGGCCAAGUGGACUCUGUCUUUGGGCCUGCCCUUGCCUCUGGAUGGUGGGGAGGCUAGGGUCUACCUGUGUGACAUUGGGGUACCCAAGCAGGUGUUCCAGGAAGUGGGCAUCAACUACCAUUCGCCCUUCGGCUGCAAAUUCGUUAUUCCUUUACACUCUGCAUAGCAGGACCUCCUACAACCCUGUGUUUUCAUUCUAGUGAAAUACAGAAGGACAAUGCACACAGAUAUAGGACCAGCCUCAAGUCCUGCAAGUCCUGAUAGUUAGAGACUUCCAGGUGCAGUGUCAAGGCCUUCUUAGAGGGUGAUGUGUACAGUUACUGAAAAUAAGUUGUGGGGGGAUUUCUUAAAACAGAAUGUGCACUUAAUUGUGUUGCUGGUUGGUAUAUGUUUUCCCUUUGCUCCUGGUUGACCCCUGGGAGUGUAUCGCGUGCCCUGAAGUGCCACUGGAGAAGGGGAAAGCUCUAAGAGGAGGGCUUCCUGUCUUGUUGGGCUUUGUGAUAAGGGCUAUGUGUGUGUAUUGCCCACCUCUAUCAGCCAGUCUGAGUAUGUUAUGUUUACAGAGAGCUGACUGACCGCUAUGAGUCAGUCUCUGUCUAUGACCCCUGACCCUGACCGUGUGACCAGCCCUGGGCCUGAGACACACAUCCUGUUUCCUACCGUAGAUUGUGUGUGGACUGGAGACAACGGGACCUGGCUGACCCAGUGCCCCACAGCAGAGCUCAAUCUCUCUGGGAAAAUCCCUAUGAUCUAAAUUUGAGAUUUUGGUUGAAAUGCCCUUACUCUCACUAAAUUAAAUUGGUGUGUUUCUCUUAAAUGUCACUUUUUGGUCAGCAUCGAUUGUAGCGAUUUUCAAUUGAAAUUUGUAAUUUAGCUAGCACUGGUAUCAACUCGGCAAAAACCAUGUUUGUCCUCUUUUCUCAAUUAUCUCAGAAGAAAAUGUUUAAGAAUUUGUUUGUUUUUGAUAAAUAGGGAAGAUGUUUUGCCUUUGUUUGAAUGCAUAUAUUUUCUAAACUGCAUCUGGGCUAUAUUUUUAACAACGCUGCAAAGAAAGCUGUAAAGUGGUGCUCAACACUUUUGUUUCAGUGUAUUGGUGUUACCAUAGAAACAAAUAGUUUCUGUCUUUUGCACUUCUCAUAUGAAAUCAUAUCUUUGUUUGACACCUGUCAGAUAAGGCCACAUACAGGCAUAUAAUAGUUUACAAGGGUAUGCAUAUUAAUCUGUUAAGUAGCUAUACAUGGUAGCGAGGUACACAUCCUCUGUUGCCGUGGCUGUGUUCUUGCUUCAGGUUUUGGUAAAGUGUAAUUUGCCAGACAGUACCAUUUAGUUUACACUUAGUAUUACAGCAUUUGUCAAGAAACAUAAAGGUCAAGUUAGUUUUUCUAGUAGUAGCCAUUCUACCAUUUAAUUCACUUUAUGAUAGGAUUGGGUUUGUAUUUCAUUUGUAUAAGCAAUAUGUCAAUUCAAUUCCAAACACAAGCCUUAGAUGUGCAGCUAAACAGAGGGGCCACAGUAGAUAAUACUUUUUUUUUUUUUACUUCCAAUCAUUUUGAAAGCGGAUCUUUAAAUGCACUUGAGCCAGAAUUGGAUUUGUGUGAGACGUUCGGUGGUUGUGUAAACAGAUCUGUGAUUGCAGGCCUAUUUGGUCACGUACUGGCCAGGAUGUCUGAAUUAUGUUUGCAAACGAUGAGCAAUUUUUUCAAACACUCGGUGCAUCUUAGAAUGGUUGAGUUUUGCUCUGCUGCAGAGUGCAGACAUCCUGUUUUGGGGAGUUUUUGUGAAUGGGUUAGAUUUAGGUUUGGCUAUGUUUCUCCCAGGGCAGUUUUCAGUCACUGGGCAGUCAUUGAGGCUGACUGCUGUGUUGAAAACUGUAUUUUACUCUUUUUUCUUAUUCUAAAUCCAAUUAUUGGUGUGUUUGCACAUCUUCAUGGGUAGUCUAUGAGGAUUUAUCUGAAUUGAUCGGGUUACAACUUUGCAAACAUUCAUAUGACUUGGAAGUACUAUCUUGUCUGUGUAUCAGCUCUGCUCUACAUUUCCAAACGACCAAAUCAGACUAUUGUUAAUAGUGCAUUAAGUGCAUACAGCGCAUGUUGCUCCAUUUCAAGGUCAUGUAAUACAGUGAAUCAAUGGCAUCUGUCGCCAGUUGUGUUCUAGCUGGUAGGACUCUUUGAGUUUUCAUUUGUUUUUGUUUAUCUCUGGUAGUGUUGCUCAAUAAUGCCGUGUUUCUCAACAAUGUGUCGCAAUGAGCUUUCUCACUUAUUACAAGUGUAUGUAGCCUAUUUUUGUAAAUGUAUGCCAUCUCACUUGCAGUGUCUGUAGUUGGCACCUGCAGUAUCUACAUAACAUGUUAUGAUGUGAGAAUAGAACAACACAAUGUAUCAUUAUAAAGCAUCCAAGACACGUAUUUGAGCCUAGUUGUUGGGCUCCUUGAGGCUGCUGCUGUUGUCAGCUUUGAGAGGAAUGCCAUCAGAUGGCCUGUUCCUGCAUGCGAUGCCAGAGAGUUAUGGAUGCUGAGGUGCGAAAUCUUACAGGAGAUGUUUUUUUUUGUCACCUAAAAGUGCUACUUUCAGACAUUUUUCCCAGGGAAUUAUUGUAUUGUAUUGUGACACUCCAGCCCAGACAGAUGUGAAUUUAUUUUUAAGUGAUUUAUGGUCAUAUUGUUACAAAAGAUUUGCCAGAAAACAGGCCAUGUUUUCGCACAGACAAUUAGUCAUUUUCUUAAGGACUCACAGUAAUUGUUUUUGGGAAGUGUCCUCGUGGUAGCUAGCAAUGGGAUAGUGGCUAAUCUCAUAUGAUGUUAUGAUGGAGGAACUAAACCAUUUUUGUUUGAUCAUAUCCUUACAGAUUUCAUCUGGGUUUUUUUCUUCUUCUCUUGUUUACUUGAGUUAAUUUUUUGAGGAAUUGGUGUGUAACCUGGAAUAAUAAACGUUAUCCUUUAUCAUAAAGGAAUUUCAGCAAGGCAGAUGUAGCAUGUGACACCACAAGUAUUUGUAACUGUGUAUACAGGUCUGGUCCAAGUUGACACUGUUCUGUAUACUGAGAUCAAGCUUGAGAAUUCAUGACUGGUAAACAUUAAAUGUGAAACUGCAUAUAAUAUA